CUGAUUUAUUGAUGAUGUAGAGACUGUAAAUAGCUGCCAUGGAUUGCUUGUCAAAAUCUGAUCCGAGGUGUGGGAGCCAGUUUGAGAAGAUGGAGGGCUUUGGUGAGGAGAAUGAAGUUGCAAAUGAUGUUGGCACGGGGUUAGAACUCACGUACUAUAAAAUUUCCUACAAGCAUUUAAUUCCGGGCUGGUGUCCCAACUAUUGCCACGUUUCGGACCAAGCCAUCGCAGCUGCCAACCUCCUUUUACAAAACCUGACCAACAAUCCAGUCUCCUUCCGUCCAACGCUCAACAACAAAACGAAAUAAUGGCAGAGGAGGACAGAUCCCGGCCGACAUUGGAGAUCAACAGGCUGAAAUUCACGUAUCCCGGAAUCGAUGGCCAUCCUCCACCGGGCUCCGCCCCUUUGAUCGAUGAUCUCUCCCUCACACUCUUCCCCGGAGACCGCUGCCUUCUAGUGGGCUCCAAUGGAGCUGGGAAAACAACAAUCUUGAAGAUAAUAGGAGGGAAGCACUUGGUGGAGCAAGAUAUGGUGAGGGUGUUGGGAAGAUCAGCAUUCCACGACACCUCUUUGACUGCCUCGGGUGAUCUUUCUUACCUUGGUGGUGAGUGGAGACGUGAAGUUGCUUUUGCUGGUUUCGAGAUUCCCAUUCAGAUGGAUGUUUCUGCUGAGAAAAUGAUUUAUGGGGUUGCAGGUAUCAAUCCCCAGAGACGAGAUGAACUAAUAAAGGUUUUAGGUGUUGACCUGUCGUGGAGGAUGCAUAAAUCAUCGGAUGGCCAAAGAAGACGAGUUCAAAUUUGCAUGGGCCUCCUUAAGCCAUUCAAGGUUCUCCUGCUUGAUGAGAUCACCGUCGACUUAGAUGUGCUGGCAAGGGCUGACCUCCUAAGGUUUCUUAAGAAGGAAUGUGAACAACGUGGUUCUACAAUUAUUUAUGCAACUCAUAUUUUUGAUGGUCUUGAGGAUUGGCCAUCUCAUAUUGUUUACGUGGCUCAUGGGAAGUUGCAACUAGCGAUGCCAAUAAAUAAAAUUAAGGAGAUUAGCAAUUUAUCACUGAUGAGAACCGUGGAGAGCUGGCUUAGGAAAGAGAGAGAUGAGGAGCGGAAAAGAAGGAAAGAGAGAAAGGCUAGUGGCCUUCCAGAAUAUGAAAAACGAGUUGAGGGCAGUCGUGUGAUUGGGGAUCCUGCCGGCCGAGUGCUGAACAAUGGGUGGGCUGCUGGGAGGCUGAAUUCUACCAUAGCUGGUGAAGAGAAUUUUGUCUUGAGCUCUAAUAGGGUUCUCAGGUAGCAUUUCAUUUGCGAUGAACAAUAAGAGAAACUACCUUUAGCUAUGGUGCACAAAUGGCCUUAUUAUGGGUGAACCUUUAUGUCUCAGCUGAAUUAUAGUUGAAUGAAUGUAUUCUUUGCAAUUGCUUA